UCUUUCUUUGUCAAAUUGCUUUGCAACUACGUCACCAGCAGCUCCUUCCACCGAUGAUGGAUUUUCUCUGCUUCUUCCUCUACAUUUUCAGACAAGAGAAGAGGAAAAUCAUGGCGAUCCGUCUCACGCUGGUUGCAGCUGUCAUGCUCUUACAGGUGAUCAAUUCCUCCAAUUUAGCGAGGGCAGAACAAACUGGUUCUCUGGAUCUUCUCAUCACCCACUCUGCACUUAGUAGCAGGCAUUCAAAAGAUUAUUGUGCUAUGUAUGACAUAUGUGGAGAACGCAGUGAUGGCAAAGUGCUUAACUGUCCUUAUGGUUCACCGUCUGUGAAGCCUGAUGAAUUGUUUUCUGCUAAAAUCCAAAGCUUAUGUCCAACGAUAAGUGGAAACGUUUGCUGUACCGAGGCUCAGUUUGAUACCUUGAGGUCUCAGGUUCAACAGGCUGUACCUUUUCUUGUUGGCUGUCCUGCAUGUUUGAGAAACUUCUUAAACCUGUUCUGCGAGCUUUCGUGCUCUCCAAAUCAGUCUUUGUUCAUCAAUGUCACUUCGGUUGCUGAGGUGAAAGGAAAUCUGACAGUGGAUGCUAUAGACUAUUUUGUAACUGAUGCAUUUGGAAAAGGGCUAUAUGACUCAUGUAAAGAGGUGAAGUUUGGGACUAUGAAUACACGUGCGAUAAACUUUGUUGGCGGUGGUGCUCAGAAUUUCAGAGAGUGGUUCACAUUCAUUGGUCAGAAAGCUUUACCUGACUUCCCCGGUUCACCGUAUGCCAUUAAUUUCAAGCCAAGCCCUCCAGAUUCAUCCGCAAUGAUGCCGAUGAAUGUAUCUAUUUAUUCUUGCGGUGAUACAUCACUUGGUUGCUCCUGUGGUGAUUGCCCUUUGUCACCUGCUUGCUCAAACACUAAACCUCCGCCACCCCAUGAAAAGGAGACUUGCUUGAUUAGAAUUGGUCCUCUAAAGGUCAGAUGCAUUGAAAUAUCGAUGGUAGUUGUAUACGUUUUGAUGGCCUCCUGUUUCUUUGGAUGGGCUACUUUUUAUCGCAGAAGACAUGCAAUGCAACCUUCAAGUAGCACAGAGCCUCUACUGCAAUCUGUGGAAGAAGAUAGUUCUGAUACUGCAUUGAAGGACAGCAAACUUGGUGUCAAGGUGGCGAGACAUGCUCGACUAUCUUCCGUUCAAAGAUACAUGGCAAACUUUUACAGGGCAUAUGGAUUAUGGAUUACUAGAAACCCAUCUCUUGUGCUUUUUUGGUCGGUGGCUAUUGUUAUGUUACUCUGUUUAGGCCUUUAUCGCUUUAAGGUGGAAACACGUCCAGAGAAGCUUUGGGUAGGUCCAGGGAGCAGGGCAGCAGAGGAGAAAAAGUUCUUUGAUAGCCACCUUUCACCGUUCUACAGAAUUGAACAGCUCAUCUUAGCCACUGUUCCUGAUGCCAAGACUGGGAAGGCACCGGGUAUCGUGACGGAGGAAAAUAUUCUUUUGCUUUUUGACAUACAAGAGAAGGUUGAUCAAAUCCAUGGAAAUUAUUCAGGUUCGGAGGUUUCUCUGACUGACAUUUGCUUGAAGCCUCUGGGAAUUGAUUGCGCUACUCAGAGUAUUCUGCAGUACUUCAAGAUGGAUUCUGGAAAUCUUGACGAAUAUGGAGGAGUUCAACAUGCUGAGUACUGUUUCCAGCACUACACUUCGUCCGAGACGUGUCUGAGCGCUUUUCAAGCACCCGUUGAUCCAAGUGCAGUCUUAGGAGGAUUCUCGGGCAAUAAUUAUUCAGAGGCUACUGCAUUCGUGGUAACCUACCCGGUUGAUAACGCCCUUGGAGAUUCGAGCAAUAACAAUAAGAAUGCAAGGGCAGUAGCAUGGGAAAAGUCUUUCAUUCAAUUAGCUAAGGAGGAGCUGCUACCCAUGGCGCAAUCUAGGAAUUUGACUCUUGCAUUUUCAUCUGAAAGCUCAAUCGAAGAAGAGCUGAAAAGAGAAAGCACUGCAGACAUUAUAACUAUAGCUGGAAGCUACCUGGUGAUGUUUGUUUACAUAUCCAUCACACUUGGAGAUGCUCCACUGUUAUCUACUUUCUACAUUUCAUCAAAGGUUUUGCUCGGUCUUUCGGGGGUGGUGCUUGUCUUGCUCUCUGUGCUUGGAUCGGUUGGUUUAUUCAGCUUCCUUGGAGUUAAAUCGACAUUGAUCAUAAUGGAAGUCAUUCCUUUUCUAGUCCUGGCUGUCGGAGUGGAUAACAUGUGCAUUUUGGUUCACUCCGUAAAAAGACAGUCUUGUGGUGUUCCUUUAGAGGAACGGGUAAGCCUUGCUCUGGUCGAAGUAGGUCCAUCCAUAACACUGGCAAGUUUAUCUGAGGUCUUGGCUUUUGCUGUCGGAGCUUUUGUUCCAAUGCCAGCAUGCCGUGUCUUCUCCAUGUUUGCAGCUUUAGCUAUUCUGCUGGACUUCCUUCUGCAACUCACUGCUUUUGUAGCACUAAUAGUUUGCGAUUCCAAAAGAGCCGAGGAUAACAGGAUUGAUUGUUUCCCUUGUGUAAAAGUUCCAUUAUCAUCCGGAGAAUCUGUAGGCGCUAUCAACAGAAGAUCUGGGUUGCUGGAGAGAUACAUGAAGGAGGUUCAUGCUCCAUUUCUUGGUCUCUGGGGUGUUAAAAUGGUUGUGGUCGCUGUUUUUUUGGCGUUUACCAUGGCGAGCAUUGCCUUAUGCCCAAGGCUUGAAACUGGUUUGGAACAGAAGAUUGUUCUUCCUCGGGACUCCUACCUUCAAGAUUAUUUUGACUCUCUUGAAGAGUACCUCAGAGUGGGGCCGCCAUUGUAUUUUGUUGUGAAGGAUUAUAAUUAUAGCUUAGAAUCAAGGCAUACAAAUCAGUUGUGUUCUAUCAGUCAAUGCGAUUCCAAUUCCCUACUAAAUGAGAUAUCAAGAGCAUCGCAGGUUGCAGAAUCAAGUUACAUUGCCAAACCAGCUGCUUCUUGGCUCGAUGAUUUUCUUGUAUGGUUAUCACCAGAGGCUUUUGGCUGUUGUCGGAAAUUUACCAAUGGAAGCUACUGUCCGCCAGAUGACCAGCCACCUUGCUGCUUGCCUGAGGAUGAUACGUGUGGGCUAAACGGGAUUUGUAAAGACUGUACAACGUGCUUUCGACACUUGGAUUUAGUCCGUGAUCGUCCAUCUACGGCUCAAUUCAGGGAGAAGCUACCGUGGUUUCUUAACGCUUUGCCAUCCGCUGACUGUGCAAAGGGUGGCCAUGGGGCUUACACUAAUAGCGUCGAUUUAAGAGGUUAUGAGAGUGGCAUUAUACGUGCAUCUGAGUUCCGUACAUAUCACAUCCCACUCAACAAACAAGGUGACUAUGUUAAUGCAAUCCGAGCUGCUCGGGAGUUCAGUUCAAGAAUGUCCAAUUCUUUAAAGAUUGACGUCUUUCCAUAUUCGGUAUUUUACAUCUUCUUCGAGCAAUAUCUGGAUAUCUGGAGAGUAGCUUUGACUAACAUUGCUAUAGCAAUCGGUGCUAUAUUCAUUGUCUGCUUAGUUAUCACUUCCAGUGUCUGGAGUUCGGCUAUCAUCGUCCUUGUGUUGGUGAUGAUACUUUUGGAUCUCAUGGGUAUGAUGGCGGUUCUGCACAUCCAACUCAAUGCAGUCUCUGUUGUGAAUCUGAUAAUGUCAAUCGGGAUUGCUGUAGAAUUCUGUGUGCAUAUAUCACAUGCCUUCCUGGUGAGUAGUGGGGAUAGGGAACAAAGAGCGAAGGAAGCAUUAGGAACGAUGGGAGCUUCUGUGUUCAGUGGGAUUACGCUCACAAAACUUGUUGGAGUGGUUGUGCUUUGCUUCUCAAGAUCAGAGAUUUUUGUGGUUUACUACUUUCAAAUGUACCUGGCGUUGGUUAUCAUCGGCUUCUUACAUGGGCUUGUUUUCUUACCAGUCAUAUUGAGUUUAGUUGGUCCACCGCCACGACACAGAGACAUUGAGGAACACCACAGAGACGAAGCAUCUUCUUCGGUGUCAAACUGAUGAACGCAGAUAUUCUAUAUGGACGACUUUGCAUCAGUGUCCAAGAAUCAUACCAUAUGUUCUUACUUUACGCGGUACAACGGUCUUUGGGGGUACGGAGCAACAGUAGAUAGGAAAAGGACCCGAGUCCAGAAGUAGAAAACAUCUUUUAAAGGCUCUCAUUGUAUGAUGAUACGAUUCUUGGGUUCUUGAGACCAAAGAUCUUUUAAAGGGAUUGGCGGGAUGAUCCCAAAGUGUUUCACACUGACAAAGUCUAUUUCUCAAUGUUAUGGAAGUACAAGAGACUUGUAUAUUGUGGCUGAACUUAAUUCCAAAAAAAAAAAUGGGAAAAAAGAAAGAUUAUACUUUUC